AAGUUGAUGAUAGGUCAAGGAGGGUUGCAUCGGCGGCAUCUAUGAUGACUAUUGGGAUGGUGAGGAAAGAUUGGGUUUUUAGGUGGUGGCUGAUCAAUAAUUGUUUCAGAUGGAAUGGCAGAUCCUGCUAGUCAUGGCAAUGACCAGGGACUCCUUGCUUUGAAGAAAGGUACACAGCUCGUUAAGUACAGCAGGAAGGGGAAGCCUAAGUUGUGCCCUUUUAGACUUUCUCCGGAUGAGAAGACGCUGAUUUGGUACUCCCAUGGAUCGAAGAGGAGUCUAAACCUAUCUACUGUUUCCAAAAUUCUUCCUGGACAGAGAACACCGGUAUUCAAAAGAUUUUUUCGUCCAGAAAAGGAGUACUUGUCUUUUUCCCUUAUAUAUAACAACGGUGAACGAUCUCUGGAUCUGAUUUGCAAGGACAAAGUUGAAGCAGAGGUUUGGAUUGCUGGACUGACAUCUUUAAUCUCGACUGGCCAAGCUCAUCACAGACAUUCUCAUAGCGAGAUUUCUGAUGUGCGGAAUUCUCAUCCUUGUGGAGCGACAUUAGAGUACACUUCAAGACUUAGCGUUGAGAGUAGUUUAUCUGAUUCUAGUUCUCGUGACUCAGAUGUGGUAUUGGAACGUGCAAAUAUGCAAGUAAGAUCAGGUGGAGAUGGUUUCCGUAUUAGUGUGUCUAGCACUCCAAGUUGUUUAUCUGGACCGGAUGAUAUAGAAUCUUUAGGCGAUGUUUUUGUUUGGGGGGAGAUUUGGUCUGAUGGAGCAUCGAAAGACGGGUAUGGGAAUCCAGUCACGGUGAAAGGUGAUGUUCUCACGCCUAAGCCAUUGGAGUCGAAUGUGGUCCUUGAUGUUCAACAAAUAGCGUGUGGGGCCCGCCAUGUCGCGCUUGUGACGAGGCAAGGCGAGGUUUUCACGUGGGGAGAGGAAUCCGGUGGGAGGCUCGGGCAUGGAGUGGAGAAGGACUUUAGCCAUCCUCGGUUGGUCGAGUUUCUGGCAGUUAUAAACGUUGAUUUCGUGGCGUGUGGUGAGCAUCACACUUGUGCGGUUUCAGCCUCGGGUGACUUGUAUACUUGGGGGGAUGGCGCCCAUAACGUUGGACUACUUGGCCAUGGCAAUGAUGUUAGCCACUGGAUACCCAAGCGCGUUUCUGGGGUGCUAGAAGACCUGCAAGUCGUGUCCGUGGCCUGUGGCACAUGGCAUUCGGGUUUCACUACUUCCACGGGCAGACUAUUCACGGUUGGUGAAGGAACAUUUGGCGCCCUGGGUCAUGGCAACCGCGAAAGCAUCACAUUUCCAAAGGAAGUUCACACGUUGGACGGGCUGAAAAGUAUUAAAGUGGCGUGUGGGGUAUGGCACACUGCAGCAAUCGUAGAAGUUUGUAACCAGUCGGGUGCAAGCGUGGCCUCGAGGAAGCUGUUCACGUGGGGGGAUGGAGAUAAAAACCGAUUAGGCCAUGGGAACAAGAACACUUAUCUACUUCCAACGUGUGUUUCUUCUCUGAUAGAGUACAAUAUGCACCAGGUAGCGUGUGGACAUAAUUUCACGGUUGCCCUUACAAUGUCGGGGCACGUGUUCACAAUGGGGAGUAACGCGUUUGGUCAGCUAGGAAACCCGGAUUCUGAUGGGAAACAGCCCUGUCUUGUACAAGACAGAUUAGUAGGUGAAUUUGUUGAAGAUAUAUCGUGUGGUGAUUUCCACGUUGCUGUUCUGACUUCGAGAUGCGAAGUGUUUACGUGGGGACGGGGUGCAAACGGAAGACUGGGACACGGGGAUAUAGAAGAUCGGAAUAGUCCAACGUUGGUCGAGGCGUUUAAGGACAAGCAUGUUAAGAACAUUGCCUGUGGAUCAAACUACACCGCGAGUAUCUGCAUUCACAAGUGGGUUUCGGGUGCAGAUCAGUCGGUCUGCACCGGUUGCAGGCAGGCGUUCGGUUUUACCAGAAAGAGACACAACUGUUACAACUGUGGGCUCGUGCAUUGCCACGCUUGCAGCUCCAAGAAGGCGCUGAAAGCAGCGCUCGCCCCGACACCAGGUAAACCACACCGCGUUUGUGACCCGUGCUAUUUGAAGCUCAAAAAGGCCGCUGAAGGCCAAGCCCAAGGCCAGCAUUCCACGGCCUCGGCCUCCUCGUCCUCGUCCUCGAAUUAUUUCAAGAAAGUAAGCCUGCCUAUGCGCCUUUUAGAGAGGGGCGAAGCCAAGCCUUCCAGAAUUCUUCUGUCUCCCAAGGUCGAGCCAAUUAAGUACCUCGAGGUCAAGUCUAACAAGCCCGGAACUAGAACUGAUUCUUAUAAUAUCGUCCGAGCUUCUCAGGUUCCAUCGCUGUUGCAGUUGAAAGAUAUCGCUUUCCCGAGUUCACUUAGUGUUCUUCAGUCUGCUUGGAAGCCUGUUAUGACACCCCCAACUCAACAGCCUCUUUUAGCUAUACCUCCACCGUCUUUUCCCAAUUCUCGCUCCACUUCACCGUAUUCCUCCCGAAGACCAAGCCCUCCACGCUCUCCUGCUCCCGGAUCUUCAAGGGGCGUCGUUGAAAGUCUUAAGAAGACAAAUGAGCUUUUGAACCAGGAAGUUACCAAACUGCAAAACCAGAUUAAAAGUAUAAGACAGAAAAGUGAACAUCAAGAUAUGGAAAUCCGGAAGAUGAAGAAAAACGUCCAAGAUACUUCUUCGUUGGCUGCAGACCGAUCAUCCAAGUGCAACACUGCAAUUGAAGUCGUGAAAUCCAUUAGUUCUCAAUUGAAAGAGAUGAGUGAAAAGCUGCCCUCUGAUAUAUCUGAGAGGGAAACCAUUUUCUCCCUCAAUGCUCAAGUCGAAUCAUUUCUGAACACAGUCGAGCCUCAAGGCUCCGAAGACAGCUCUUCUUUGCCACCGGAUAGAAUAAGCUCAGGCAGUGAGUCUCCUCACAACAUCGAUGGAACUCCACAGGAAAACAAUGGCGUAAGCCAUUCAAUUGCAGAAGGUGGCGGUAGACCAUCUCGAGUUCCAAGCAUGGGACGAAGGGAAAUCAUCGAGCAAUUCGAGCCAGGCAUCUAUGUCACGCUCAUCCAACUCUCAACCGGUUCCAAGAUCUUCAAGAGAGUUAGAUUCAGUAAACGUAGAUUCGAUUCACAGCAGGCCGAAGAAUGGUGGAGAGAAAACAAAGACAGGCUGCUGACAAAGUACAGUCCAAAGGUACACAGCAGCAGCACACCUGUGGAAUCACCAGCCACUCCAACUGAGGAAACUACUGAAACUGAAACAGCAUGAGUUUUUCCUAGAAAUA